UCCGUCGGGGCCGGAGGUGGAGGAGGAGGGCAGAAGAUGGCGGCGGCGGGUGGCCGGCGCGGCUGCCGGGGCCGAGCGGGGCUGCUGCUGGUUGGGCUCUGCCUGCUGCUGGGGUGCGGGGCCCGGGCCGAGCAGAUGGACGAGUACCUGAAGCGGGAGCACUCGCUCGUCACGCCCUACCAGGGCGUCGGAUCGAGCAGCUCUUCCUUGUGGGAACUCAUGGGCAAUGCGAUGGUGAUGACCCAGUUUAUCCGGCUCACUCCCGAUGUUCAGAGCAAGCAGGGCGCCAUCUGGAACCGAGUGCCUUGUUACUUGAGAGAUUGGGAGAUGCAAGUGCACUUCCGAAUCCACGGACAAGGAAAGAAGAACCUGAAUGGAGACGGCUUUGCAGUCUGGUACACAAAAGACCGGAUGCAGCCAGGCCCCGUCUUUGGGAGCAAGGAUAACUUUCUCGGCCUGGGUGUGUUUGUAGACACGUAUCCAAACGAGGAGAAGCAGCAGGAGGCCCAGAAGAGGAGGUAUUCGGCAGGAAACCAGCGCGUCUUCCCCUACGUCUCCGCCAUGGUGAGUAACGGUUCGCUAGCCUACGACCACGACCGGGACGGGAGACCCACAGAGCUCGGUGGCUGUACGGCGAUGGUGCGCAACUUGAACCACGACACCUUUCUGGUGAUCCGCUACGUGAAGAGGAGGCUGACCGUCCUGCUGGAUAUCGACGGCAAGCACGAAUGGCGAGAUUGCGUUGAUAUCCCUGGAGUCCAUUUGCCCCGAGGAUACUACUUUGGUGUGUCAUCCGUCACUGGAGAUCUCUCAGAUAAUCAUGACAUCGUUUCCCUGAAGUUGUACCAGCUGACCGUCGAGCGAACACUGGAGGAAGAGAAGCGGGACAAGGAAGUCUUCCUCCCGGUUGUGGACAACAUGAAGCUGCCCGGAUUGGAGUCUCCGAUGGAGCCCAUGAGCGGCCUUGCCCUCUUCCUGAUCGUCUUCUUCUCCCUGGUCGCCCUCGUCUUCGCCAUCGUGAUUGGCAUCAUCGUCUACAACAAGUGGCAGGACCAGAGCCGGAAACACUUCUACUGACCGGGAAGCGUCAUCUCCUGUUCCCGGUUUUUGUUCUCUUUUUUUCUUUUUGGCCUGCCAGAUGACCGUUGGUUUUGUUGGCGUGGGCGAGGGCCCCAUGUGCCGCCGGCAGGUCUCCAGGAACCUUCCUGCAAGAUUGCUGCUCCAUGCUCGAGUCUUAAAACGAUUUAACAGAGGGUCUCGUGAAGUGCUGGUGUCUUUUCUGGUGGGGAGAGCAGCCUUACCUCUCCUCUCUACUUCGCUUUCUCUGCCUCGAGGCGCCAGCACUGGCAUUUCAACCCGACUCGGUGAUUAAUUAUAGACAUAUCCUUGACGUUGCAGUGCAACAUGGACUUUGGUUUCUCUGCAAGCCAAUCAGGGAGACAUGGAGCCAGUCUUCUGCCGUCAGUGGCCUCCGCUGCCCUUCUGGGUGGUUGGCUGAAAGUCAUGGGCUUUGGUUUGGCCAGCACCAAGGUAGCAACCCAUGGCGAAAUAUGGGAGAAACCAUGAGGUGUGAAUCCUGACGUUCUGGGUGGGAUGUUUUACUGGGAUGCCUUAACUAGCAUUGGGGGAAGGAUGUGGAACCUGUGGGCCUCCUGGGAGGUUGUUAGGACUAUGACACCCAUAAUCCCUUGGGCUGGGGCAGCAAGGGCUGAUGGGAGUUGCAGUCCAACAUCACUUGGUGGACCACGUUGCCCAACCAGGAUAGAGGCAAGUCUUUGUCUCGGGAAGGAAAACCAGACAACCUGUCGCUGUAUGGAAUCAGGACCACUAAUCUACAAUCGGUAGCCCAAAUACUGCUUGAAACCGUGCGUAGAAGAGUUAAGGGUCACAGGAAAAACGGAACGAAACACUAGGCUGCUGAAUAAACAAAUGUGAAUUUCUUGGUCUCCAUGA